UCGCCCGGGGCGACGCUCGGCCGCCGCGCGCCGUUCCCUAGCAACGCGGCGGACCGCGCAUGCGCGGAGCCCCUUCUCCCCCCCCUCCUUCCCCGCCGCCGCCAUUUUGAGGCGCAGCCGCUUCCCCAAGAUGGCGCUGGCCAGCGUCCUCCGUUCUUCCGAACCUCCCGUCGCUCCCGCCGCCUUCCCCCUCCUCACCGCGCCCCGGGACGGCUCCGGGCUUCCCUCGGGGGGGUUCGCUGCCCCUCCGUGGGGCACCGAGACCCCCCUCCCCGGGCCCGGCCUUCACCUGCUGCACGGCACCACCACGCUGGCCUUUAAGUUCGAGGAAGGCGUGAUGGUGGCGGUGGACUCGCGAGCGACGGCGGGUUCCUACAUCGCCUCACAGACGGUGCAGAAGGUGAUCGAGAUCAACCCGUACCUGCUGGGCACCAUGGCCGGCGGGGCGGCCGACUGCAGCUUCUGGGAACGGCUCUUGGCCCGCCAGUGCCGCGUCUACGAGCUGCGCAACAAGGAGCCCAUCUCGGUAGCCGCCGCCUCGAAAUUGCUGGCCAACAUGGUGUACCAGUACAAGGGGAUGGGGCUCAGCAUGGGCACCAUGAUCUGCGGCUGGGACAAGAGGGGACCGGGUCUCUACUACGUGGACAGCGAGGGGACGCGGGUGCCGGGUCAGGCCUUCGCCGUGGGUUCGGGUUCCACCUACGCCUACGGGGUGUUGGAUCGGGGUCGGCGCCGAGGACUGUCGGCGGAGGAGGCCCGCGACCUGGCGCGCCGCGCCAUCUACCAGGCGGCGAGGCGCGACGCUUAUUCGGGGGGACGCGUCACCGUUUAUCACGUCGGGCCGGGCGGUUGGCGCCGCGUCUCCGUCGACAACAUCGCCGAUCUGCAGGAGCGCUACGCCGCCGAGGAGGCUCCCGCCUGAACCGCGGCGGGG